AUGUUUGCUUUAAGGAGCCUCGUGCGGGGGUUGUCGUACGCGCAAGCGCCGCGAGCAUGCCACUGCUCGGCGCCGCCGCAAAGUAGACACGUAUCGCACGUUAAGGCGUUCAGAAUCAAGGGGUACCCGUUCGAGAAGGUCAGAGCGCCCAAAACGGAGUGGUACAAGCGCGCGGAGGCGGCGUUCCUGGCGGAGCGCGCCAGAGUGCCGCACGGACUGGUCGGAAGAUGGCAACCAGAGGACCUCUCGGGGCUGGACCCCCGCAUAUCGCAGGCGCUCAGCCUCAAGUGCGCAAACGGCAGGGAAAUCAGACGAGCGCGCACAUUGAUACUCAUGAAACACCUGCAGAAGGAGCCGUUCGACACUGGAAGUGCGCCGGUGCAACUUGCGUGCGUGUCCGAGAAGAUUCUCAACCUCAGGGCGCACCUCAUACGGCACCCGCGCGAUAACUGCAGGAAGCGUGCCAUGGCAAUCCUGCUCAGCAGGCGGCACAAGCUCAUGAAGCGGCUGUACAACGAGGACUUCCAGCUAUACCAGCAUGUGUGCAAGGUGCUGAAGCUGAAGUGCGUGCUCUUCUCGGUGCCGGACUCCAGGAACAGAGCAAAGGCGAUUAACACCAUAGGCGUGGAUGGCGACAUUUGCAAGUUCCUCAUCAGGCAGAAGCUGUGGUGGGGCAGGUUCAGGCCGCGGCCGAUAGCGCUACCGUCCGGGAAGAAGAUUGCGUACACCAGACACCCUAUAGAACCGCCGCCAGCGGAUUUCAACAAGCCAAAGGUGCAUAAGGACCAGCUGUCUCCAGCCUGGCCCUACGGCGUGUCGCCGCAAAGAAUCGCGGGGAAAUAUAUCAUAUACAACCCUACUGCUCCAGGAGCCGGCUACUGCCCGGUGCCCAUCCUGUUCUAG